UGUCGUCUUUUGAGCUCACGCUUCACUCCAAGGACCUUUUUUCGGCUCGUUUUAACCCAAAUCCGGUGCGCUUAGAGGAGAACCGAGAGCAUCAUUUUAACGUAGCGAAUUCACGCUACUCAAAGUCUAGCGGUUUCCUGCUAGAGAGAACAUCGCGUCCCUCGGAGGUCCGCCUCAUCAAAGGCGAGGCGGAAGGAGAAAUCGCGCUUCUGGCUGACUGCAAGUCUUAAAGAAGAACAAAUGAACUAAUGAUGAGGCAAUGAGGCAAGUAAGCGUGAAUGCCCAGUGUCACUUCGACUGAGACAGACGGAAGGACGCGCGGCCCGAAGGAGCGAGCGAGUGAGAGGUGCCGUUGCAGAGGUAGCAGUGGUGGCUGUUGCCGCCCCAGGACUUGAUGGACCCCCCUGGUCCGCUGCCUGAGAAGUCCCAGAGUCCCUUAGAAGCAAGGCAUGGCGGCCAGGGACGUGGCAGGGGGUCUGGGGUGGCCCGCUCGGCCCGCCCCAGAGGACUCCCAAAGCUCAUGGCAAUCAAUGCACUCGUCUGCGGCGUGGAAAUCGUGUCGAGCGCAGCUUUCACUUACAUCCCUCCGCUGCUUCUCAAGGCUGGAUACACUGAGACCGUCAUGACAAUCAUAUUAGGAGUAGCUCCGUUUCUGGACAUGAUGACGGUGCCCCUCCUGGCCGAGUGGAGCGACCGGUGCAUGUCCGUGCUGGGGCGACGCCGGCCCUUCAUCAUGUCCUUGGCCACGGUGCUGCUCUUCUCCCUCAUCCUCAUCCCUUACGGCCAGAUCAUCACCUCCAUCGUCAGCGGCGAGCACUCCGGGAGGAUCAAUAUGAUAAUCCUUGCGCUGGGUGUGAUUCUGCUUGAUUAUAGCUACCAGGCACUGUUCAACCCAUGUGAGGCUCUGCUGUCAGACCUAAUGGCCACAGCACCUGAAUGGGAGCAGACUCAGGGUUUCACAGUAUAUUCAGCCAGCAUUUCCCUGGGCUGCAUCCUGGGCUACCUCAUCGUGUCCAUCGACUGGCUGUCGGUGGGCCUCCUCAUCGGCUCACAGGAACAGACCGCCUUCACCGUCAUCUUCAUCAUGUUCCUGCCGUGCAUGUUCCUUACGCUAGUGUUUGCCAAGGAGAAGCCACUGAAGAGGGCACUGGUGCUGUCAGUGCAUCCCAAGGAGGGAGAGCUGCUGAGAAAGGACUUGGCAUCAGAAAAAGAGCUGCUGCUGGCCAAGAAACUCGACCCGGUAGUUGUGGAGGAAGGCGUUACUAUGCUGGACCUUACCCACGAUGGCACAGCCAUAGUCAAGGACCACCCCUCAGAUGGAGGAUACGAGAGUGGCUCCAGCGAGACUGACGAAACGGCACCACUCACACUCUCCUCGUCCGAAAUGCUCAAGUGGAGGUAUCAUCGCCUCAUGCACCAGAUCCAGCGGCUGCCCAAGAUCACCAUCCAGAGGCUCAUCAAUGGCUGCCUGCGAUUCCUCUGGAAGAUCAUGAAGAUUCUUGUAUUUUUACCUUAUCAGAUCAUCAAACUACCAAUGGGCACUUGGCACAAGGUGAGCAGUGCGCCCACAGUGCUCCGGAGGCUGUUUCUGGCUGAGCUUUUUGGCUGGAUGGGAUUCAUGUGCCACAACAUGUUUUUCACGGACUUUGUAGGCCAGUACAUGUAUGGUGGGCUGCCCGAUGCCCAGGAGCACACAGAGCUUGCAGUAUUGUAUGACGAGGGGGUCAGGAUGGGGUCCUGGGGUCUCUUCCUGCAUAGCCUUACAGCCUGCCUCUAUGCCUUCUUCAUCCAGCAACACAUUGUCCGCUUGUUGGGGCACCGUGCUGUGUUCAUCGGUGGACUUUUCAUAUUCGCAAUCACCAUGACAGCAACUAUUGCUGCACCCACAGUGCCCUUCCUCAACGUUGUAACAGCCUUGUCUGGAGUCGGCUUUGCAGCUCUCACCUCAACACCAAAUAUGCUGGUCACUCUUUAUAACUCAGACCGCCAACUGUACAUGUGGGACGGCAACAGUUCAGAGUUUGGUGAGGAGCAAGGGCUGGGGACGGAUGUUGCAGUCCUGGACACGGCCUACUUUCUUGCACAAAUCAUCCUGUCAGUGUUUAUGGGGCCGCUGGUGGACCUCACUGGCUCGGCCCUCCCAUAUAUGGUGGUGUCUGCGAUGACAGGGCUAGUGGCAGUGUACUGUGGGACGCGCGUCGUCUUCAAUGACCACCACCUGAAGCAGCUCAGGGCGGGGGGAUUCUAACUGCGCUCACCUUCGUGGCCUUAGACCUGUCUGGUCUUAGGACUGGGCGAUCCUCUUUUGUAAUUUAUGAUUUACUUACAUCUGUGUAUCUUGCUGGUGUAUUUAUAUGGACUUUUUAUAUUUAUUUAUAUGUAUCCUUUCUUUGUUGCAUCAGGAGAUGAUAGAUUGAUGGUUUGUCAUGUGAGUGUCAAGUCUCUCUCUAAGGUUUUAUUUUGUUUAUGUGGUAAUGUAUUUGUAUUGCCUGAACUAAGCACACACAAGAACAGUCAGGCUUUCCUAUGUGUGUAUGAUACAUUCAAACAUUGUUCAGUAUAAAACUCUGACAUGAUGUUUGAGAUGAUCCACGUGUUGGGAAAUAUGAACAUUGUCAAGUUGAAUAUAUAUGGAACAAAAAAAGGAAAGCAAGAAGAUUUUGUGUCUCGUUCAUUUAAGUGCUGCCAAAGUAACCUUACAUAUUAUUUCCCCAAUCUCUUGUGGUGGUUAAAGCACAAAUUUUUAUGGUAUUUUUUGUCUGCAGAUUAUCCUCAUGCAAAAGGAAAGGAAGUGUUCUGGGUAAUGUGAGAUAAUUAUAUAUGUUUAUAUAUUUUCAUAUUUAUAUAUAUACUUAUACAUAUACUUUUAUAUAUGCACACACAUACAUAUAUACACUUUUUCCUUUCCAAUGUCUCUAAUAGUCUUUCUUUUUCUCUCGACUUUUCACCACUUUUUAUUUAUCUAUGUUGUUUUUAAAUCCCUUAGGCAUAAAUUAGGAGAAGUCCUAACUGGAGGUCAUUAUAAGUGUACAGGGCAGGGGCUGCUAUAGUGCUGUGGGUCAGUAGGUGUUGUUAGUGGUGCUAGGAAGUAUUGUGAAUGGAGCAACAGAAAGAACAAAUCUUUUUACUUUAUACACUUUAUUGUUAUGUGUUCAUGUAUUUGUUGCUUAAUCCUAAAGACCUACAACUAGCGAGAUUGUGUAGCAUUUCUUUUCUUUGUCUUUUUCUUUUUUAAUGAUUCAAAGUUUCAUAUUAGUUUAAAGGAAAGACAUUUGUGUACAUUUCUUUUUUGUA